CUGGACGUUGAAAUCUCCUCCUACUUUCACCAGAUUACCGAGCGGACCCGUAAUGUGACGGCCGUCUUUGAUUGUUGCCAUUCGGGCAAGAUCGCACGGAACUUGCUAAAUGGUGGAAAUGCCGUCCCUAAGGGGGUGUCCAGACUUCGUUCAGAGGUGCUCGAGAAUCGUACGCGACAGCUUCAGAGUGAUGGAAAGCUGGACCCAUCUAAGAUCACCAGUCUGGAGGGCAAUCCACAUCUAGUACGAAUUGUCGCGUGUGCCGGUAGAGAAACAGCUUGGGAAAACCAAAUCGGGCCGCUUGGAGGUCAAGGAGCGAUGACGGAAGCCCUGGUGGAGGUCAUGCGUCAGUUUCUAUCACGCCCCGUGGAGGUGUCAUGGCGGAAGAUCAUGAUGAGAGUCUCGGAGCUAGAGGCGAUUGACUUUCCCGACCAACGCCCACACGUUGAGGGCCCCCAUGAACACGUCAUGUUCCCCUUGGAGAGGAAAAGCUUCGCCGCAGUUCCCGUAAGGCUGGAGGGUGAGACGCUUAUUCUCAAGGCUGGUCGUUUGGCUGCGGUACAUGAAAACAACCAAUAUAUAAUCAUGCCAUACGGAUAUCACGAGGCGAUUCCUAGGGAGAAGAUCGGCAUUGCAUCAGUAAAGGCAGUCGGGGCCUUUGAGGCUGUUCUGAAGGCAUAUCAAAAUAUAGGCCUUGAACGACUCAGCCUGGCAGACGGCUUCUGUGCCUCCUUCGGCUUUGGGUCCACCGACAAGUACGAAGCCGUGAAGCAGGCAGCUAACCAAGCAAGCUUAUUAUCUCGAGCGAGCCACCUCCUCAAUCUCAAGGCAGCUGAUGGGGAGGUCUUAGAGCACAAUCUCCGGGUAGCUUUCGAAACGUUUCGCAACCGAGAAAAGCUGCCCCUAGACGGCACCGUCCAUAUCAAUGAUGGAGAUUAUGUCCAAAUCAAGCUACAAAAUGAGGGAAACGUACCAUUUGUCUCACUGUUCAACAUCAAUGUGGCUGGAUCGAUAAGUCUGGUAACGGGAAGCUCGCCCAGAGGGGUCGAGCUUAAACCGCAGGAGCCCUAUACAGUUGGUAAACGACAGUUUGACGGGACGCUCGACGGCCUGCGAGUUUCCUGGCCGCCCCUCCUACCACCAAGCACGGGAGCUUCUGUCUCGGAAAGUUUUCUGUGUAUUAUUUCAAGCGCGGCAGUAGACCUCCGCAUUCUCGAGACUCCUCGUCAGCCCCGACCAAGGAAGUCUUGGAGCGAUCUAUCUCAAUUGGAAAAACUGGCGUACGAUUUGGCAUACGGUCAAGGUCGAGACUGUGAAAAGGAAAGAGCACCUGGUAUUCGAUGGAAUCUGCUUCGCGUAACUUUCAGGUUGCUCUAUCCCCAAGUGUUUCAGUCAGAAAUUUCAUACAUUUUUGCUAUAGAAAAGAUGGUGGCUAGUGCAGUAGUUGCGUUGGUACGGCUUCAAGGCCUACCGGCGCCCUGUCAGUAA